GAAAGAUAAUAUCUCUCUUUGACAAGGCAUCUGGGUCAAUGGUCUCUUGCAUAUUAUGGAUCACAUAGAUGUUGGUACACGGGAUUUCCUGGAUAGAGCGGAGCACUAUUUGGGAAAAGCAAAAAUUAGGAUUGACUGCCUUGAGUUUGAAGGGAACACGUCUCGUGCGCGAACAAUCAAUACUCGCCACAUUUCCCAUCUUGCCAAUGUUUUCAAGAGCGGAUGCUAUUGGCUCCGCCCUGAGAAUUAUGUACCUGCUCUGGUAAAUAGAGCUGUGUUGGCCCGUAGCCUUGAACUCUCUAGCCUGCGGCAGAGGGACCUUCUGCGCGACGGGGAGCCAUGUGAGCUUAUACUUCCGGAUGGCGCAACUCUGACGGCGCUGCAUGGUCAGCAUCGGCUGCUAGCGGCCAAGGAAGUCCUCUGGCCAACAGAUCAAUGGUGGCUAGUGGAGCUUUACAGCAGUGGUAAGCCGUCAUACUCAGCUUCACGCAAGAUUGACACUAAAAGGAAGAUGUCCCUGAAACCAGGCCUGCCUUCUUCAACCAAAGCUGCAAUCUGUGAAGCAGAUUCCCAUGAGCUACGUUUUUGCCACGGUGAUAUCUACCGCCAGCUUCGUUAUCACGAAAUGAACGGAGAGAUAGAAGAGGCGGCACGAUGGAAGUGCAGAUUCUCCAAAAGCAUCCGAGACAAUAUUGACAAUUUCCAGCGGAAGCAUGGCCGGAUGGCCAGAGAGUUUGAUAGGCUUUUGCCUUUCGUUGGCCUUUGGCCUGGUAUUGAGCUUGGGGCAUUCCACCGGUGGUUGCACUCAAAAUGUGACGAGGCGUAUGUUCACUAUCUUCAACGUAUGUUUGACAGUUGGUCGUCAAUCUUCGGAGACCAAGAAGAGCUCUUCCCCCUGUUAGAUCAUAAUACUGUCUUUCACCUUGAGACCCUCGCCCCAAGACAUGCCACCCGGGAUGCUGGAAAGAUUCGAGAACUGAUGCAGGGAGGACGGAUUUUCUCGAUGGUUCGCCAUGAUGAAGACCGCCGGGUCAUUCUUGAACAGCUUCUUGCAACCGAUGGGCGUAUCUUGUCCUUUAAAACAUUCCUGCAAGAUACACUCUACCUCGAGCCUUGCGCGAAAGCAUUACGACGUCUCCUUCCGUCCAAACCACCCGGCUCGUUGCGGGAGGCAUUCUUCGGAUCCUACACCGGAGUGAACCAGGUACCGGGGGAGAUUCGUGUUCAAACGAGGGAGUCUGGGAUGGUAGUAUAUCACGGAACACAGGCCACCAGCAGAAUGCUUGGAUAUGCACAGAUUCAGCUGGAUGUAGCCCUCCCCGUUUCUUCGUUUUCGAAGAAUUCGGCGACGAGCAUAACAACGUGGAAUGAAGAUGCUGGCUUUGGCACUACAAUUGAUGAAGCUUCAUCAGUGAUCCCUGCUGACAUCCUUGUGGACCUGGGCAAACUUGCGAACACUCCCCAGAUCUGUGACCCCACCGAUAACAGAGUCAGCCAGAAAACUGAUGCAAUGCUGACUCUACGUGACCAUAUCCUAAUCCGAAAGCUGCGGCUACACGGGCAGCUCUGCGGGGUGCGCUUCUGGAAAGAGGCCAUGCAGGGUGAAAUGGGGCAUUCAGCACGGUAUCAGCUAUGGUAG